AUCGUGAGGUAGGAAAAACAAAUCAGGUGUUAAAAUAUUUAUUAAUUCCGAUUAAUUGGCGUUUGACGUAAACUAUAGUAAAGUAAAGGUAUGUUUUAUGUCCUAUAUCCGCAAUGGAAACCAUAUAAAAUCCCUAGAUUUCACAAAGUUUCCAAAUUUCAAAACAUCAAGGAUCGGGUCAAGAUGAACAUUUUCAAAUUUAGUUUAAUUCUGUUACUUGUAUGUUCAACUACUGCUAGACGAAAACGACAUGCUCAUCGAUGCCGUGAAGAAGUUGAUCUCGAAAAAUGCGAAUAUAACCUGUCAAUGCAUGGUUUCGACCACUAUCUGAAUCAAAGUGAAGUUGGAUAUGAUGAUAUACUUUGUAUGAUUAAAUGGUUACGUGAUCAUAUGGGAAUCCAUAUUCCACAACGACGUUUGUGAUGGACCUCCAAAUGAACAAACGAAUUGUCUAUUCGUAAUUGGUGCUAUCCUGUAGAAGUUAUAAAAUGCCAAAUGACUUUAUUGUUGAUCUCAUGUAUAUUUAAGUUAUAUAUUUAUUAUUUGUUAUGUUUCUGAUUAAAAGUGGUUUCUCA